GCCCUACCUUAUCGACAAAAAGCAAAAGUCGCCACGGAAGUGAUCAGUCACCUAUUCUGGAACAUUACUACUUUUGAGUGCAUUAUUGAGAAAAGACGGAGUGGUUUCAAGCGUUUUAGUUUUUCUUGUGUUUACUUCCAUCAGUUUAGUUGCCAUUCAAGAAGUUUUUAUAGCGAAUGAACCCGAAACAAUAUUUAUUUGAUUUACGUCGUGUCUGUGAGUUUUGAAGGAGGCCAUCUUUGCAAUCUCUAUCAGAGGUCCUUUGCUCGCGCUUUCAUUGUCUGGUGAAAAGCCAGUAUAUAUCACAUACAGACUACAUCAAAUGGCUUUAAAACGAAUUAAUAAGGAAUUACAAGACCUCGGCAGAGAUCCUCCGGCACAAUGUUCAGCAGGUCCUGUUGGAGAUGACUUAUUUCAUUGGCAAGCAACAAUAAUGGGACCACCAGAUAGUCCAUACCAGGGUGGAGUAUUUUUCUUAACAAUACAUUUUCCGACAGACUAUCCUUUCAAACCUCCAAAAGUGGCAUUCACGACAAGAAUUUAUCAUCCGAACAUAAAUAGUAAUGGUAGCAUUUGUCUUGAUAUAUUACGUUCUCAGUGGUCUCCGGCUCUUACUAUUUCUAAAGUACUGUUAUCAAUCUGCUCGCUGUUGUGUGAUCCCAAUCCAGACGAUCCGUUAGUUCCAGAAAUCGCUAGGAUAUACAAAACCGAUCGGGAAAAGUACAACGAGUUGGCGCGCGAGUGGACUCGCAAGUACGCUAUGUGAUGGCCCGGCCCCCAAAAUCCACAUUUCACAGAUUAGAUGAAAAAAAAACUUUAUUUCAUUCAACACACUGGAGGGGAAUAGCCAGCCUGUAUUUCUCAAAACAUUAAAAAAAAUCAACAACAUUCAUAAAAAACAUCAACUGUACAUUUUGCUUUUUGGACAUUGUGGUAGUUUAUAAUACGCAACACCCGCCGCCACAAUAUCAUUCACUGGUUUUUUAUACGAGACAUUCUGAUGAUGAGAUUUGUAACUGUAUGAGAACCUAACUAGUUUUGAAUAUUUCGAUUGUACGUUUAAUAUAUUGUGGUUGUAAGGGGCAGCGUUGCUGGGUUGUGUUUUCUUUUCCCCCGAGAUCGCCCGGCCUAUUCGACCACACACACACCAACGUGUCCGCACUCAGACUCUUCAUUAUCGUUACUUCUCUUGUUAGAUAAAUUUAUAUAGUAGGUUUUGUGGUUUCGCUAAGUGUAAUGUAAUAAACAUUGUUUCGACAGCGUUCAAUCUCAGGUUUGAAUACGUUUUUAGGGAUCUCAUCGGAACUAACAAAGACAGCAAAGCUGUUACUUAAACGUGGGCUUGAGAUCACGUCUGCUUGCUCGGAACGCCGUGCUGCCAGUGAAAAUCCGCCAAAUUGUGACGCGGUUUAGCUCGACAUUUAUUUUCUUCCGAUUUGAUUACUAGCUCGCGUGGGUUUUUUUUAACCCCCCUGUUUAGGUGUUGCUGAACUUUGAAGUAUAAUAUUUAUUUGUUCAGACCGAGUUCGCGGUUCCAGGGCGGAAUUCGCCAUUUUCUCCGUCGUUUCCAGAUAACACCGGAUAUCCUAUGGAUGUAAGGUGAAUGUCCGUAAGACGUCCCUCAAAAGACUUAGAAUGGAUAUCCUAUGGACAUCCGUUAUAUAUCCAAAAAAUAUGCGGUGUCUUAUGGUUGGCCAGGUUGGUAUUCUUUGGACGUCCGUUGGAUAUCCGCGUGUUGUCAGUGUUGUGACAGAUUUCUGUCCUGGAGCCUUGUGCGUACCGUCUGAAAAUUUGUUUCAUUUUCUCUUGCAGGUACGAUUGUAAUAUUGAAGUUAACAACAUGUAAUAGUUUUUUAUACAUAAAAUAUAAUGUGUAAAAAAUCCAUCUUGAUGUAGUGGUUUCACUUCCCACGUUUCUCCAAGGGUUGUCUUUUCCCUCCUGAUUUUUUUAACGUACCGUACACUUUGAUAAUUCUCUUGAUUAAAUUAUUCAGUGUAAAAUAUCAAACCUAUUAUUACUUGAUAAGGAAACUUAGGAUAUUUGUUAUAUAUUUUUUCUCGUCAUUAAACAGGACAUAAAAUACA